UCACUAAAAAGAUUCGUUCACCGAAUCACUGACUCAUUUAGCGGGAGAAGCCUGCGACUCCAACCUCCUGAACUGAUACACAGCUGAACAGUUCAGGAUUCAGUUCAAUUCAUAGUUUCUGGGACUGGGAGACAAGAGUGUUUGGCUGUGUUGCUUUGGCAAACAGGUUUGUUAAAAUGAACUUGUUUAUAAGUCAUAAUGUUUUAAGUGUACUGUCCUAUGGUAUGCUAUUUACCAGGCCUGCUCCAUAAGUUGGGCUCAGUGAGUGAUUCGCUCACUGAAUGUUUAGAAGAAUUCACACUGAACAUGCACCGUUCCCUCUCACUACUUGUUACAUGCUGUGUCCUACCGUAUGAAAGUUGUUGUGUUGACAAUUUAGCAGUGAAAAAAAGGGUAGUUUUGUCAGACAAAAAUGGUUCCGGAGAGUGUAGUUCAAUGCUUGAUUCGUUCAGCAAGUGAUUCAGGCGCCGGUGCAUGUGGUCCCUGAUUCGCUGGCUGCUGGCCUAGUAAUGCUGUUUCUCACUUCAGCUCAACUGAAGUGAAAAACGAACAAUUCACUCUAGCAAGUGAUUCAAUUUAGUACGUUCUCUUAAAAGAUUCGGUUCGUUUGAAGGAAGCGUUCGCGAACGACAAAACACUACUGCGCAGACGCUAUUUCCACGUGACGCCUGACUGUCGUUUACAUCCGUGACGCAUUCAGGUACAUCGCGUAAGAUCCAGUGUUAAGUGGGACAUGGAGGUAAAUAAAUGAAAUGAGAAGAGCAAACACGAACCCAUUCACCACCCUGCAGUUGUUGUAUUCGACAUUUUUAAUAUUCGUGACAAAUUUUCUCAGAAAUGGGAUCAUUUUUCCAUUUCAAAUUUUAAAUCGAAAAAAGCAAAUUAUCCUUUAAAAAGUGGAAAAUAAAUAAUAGUUGAAUACGAAGUUUUCCCAAAUGUUAUAAUAAAAGUAUGUAACAGAAUCUUUAUUUUAAACAUAUGAACAAGUUUUAUGCAUGAUACUAAUAAAUAUAUCAUUUUUUUAUUGCAAGUAUUAAAUUACAACUAUAUAUUGAUACAGUAUACAUAUGGUACACUAACAAUCAUUGUGUUAUACAUUUAUUGUAAAAACAACUCUGAUUUCUGCUUUUCAAAUUUCUCUUUUUCUUUUUGGACUGCAGGCUGAGAUGAUGCUAUCCUGCAGAGUUGAUGUGGUGGUUGGGGACACAUGGAAGCUAUAGCACUGGGGUCCGUUUCACGUAGCAGGUUUAGUGGAAACUCCGAGUUUGUUAACCCUGAAAUCAGGGAAACUCUGAGUUUUCCGUUUCACAAAGGAGGGUUAGUUAAACCAGGGAGAGAGGGGUAACUCAAACCUGUUUCACAAAGAGAGGUAACUCAACCUCGCGGUCAGUUACCACAGUUACAGACUCCGUGAACCUAACCUGCUCGGGAGCAGGUUUAACUCAGUAAACCCAGAGUUUCAGGUGAGACAUCGGCAUUUUCUCAUUUUGAUCAUGUUUUACAUUGUCAAGUAAGUAUUAAGUGGCAGUUUGAUCCCUUAAAAAAUGCUCUUUUCACACUGAAAACUGAAUUUUACUCUCUUAUUAUGUUCCGUUAAAUGAUUAGGAAUAUUAAACUAACACAAAACGGUGGUGGUCAGCAGCCCCCCCCCUGCCCCCCCCCCCCCCCCCCCACACACACACACACACACACACACACACACACACACACACACACACACAACGAUCGCUGCUACGGGGUGGGGGUUGCGAUCGUCGAGGGGGGCAGCUCCUCUGCCUCCGUUAAAGGUGGGGCUGCUGGGCCACCACCCGUUUUUCUGGCAUCUGCCCUCUUUCUGUUUCCUGAGUGAAAGUCUAAUAUUGAGUGUAGUGUGUGUUAGUUUAAUAUAUGUACAUAUACAUACUGAGAGUUAGUUUAAUAUUCCUAAUCAUUUAACGGAACAUCAUAAGAGAGUAAAAUUCAUUUUUGAGUGUGAAAAGAGCAUUUUCUAAGGGAUCAAACUGCCACUUAAUACUUACUUGACAAUGUAAAACAUGAUCAAAAUGAUUCAAGCAGUUUCCCUGCAACAGUCUGUCAUUGUGAUUGCACGAGACUAGAUUUAAAGUUACGCAUUGACGCGAGCAGCGAUUUCCUCCCAAGCCCUCUCCCUCUCCUUUGCAGCUGCUGCUGUAUUGAACUUUCUUUUAAAAACGUGCUGUAAUUCGCUGUUGGCUUGCUGCUGCCCCCUCCUUCUCCCUGUUUCCAUUGGUUGAUCAUUGAAUCUGCGCUCCACAGAUGCUGGCUGUUUAUGUCUGGCGUGCACGUGCUUAACUCCAGGUCAAACUACCCGGAGUUGUUAAAACCGUCUCAAAUCAGGUAUUGUGAAACCGGAAAUUCAGAGUUUCCUAACUCAGAGUAGAUCAACUCAGAGUUAAGGAUUUAACUCAGAGUUUGUUGAACCACCUACGUGAAACGGACCCCUGGAGUAUCACUCACAAACACAACAAGUGCAAUCGGUUUUCCUUACUUUUAACUUUAUAAUUUUGUCAUUUUUAUGCUACUUUACAGUCUUCGGCCAGGAAACAGGUGUUUUUCCUCUUGACUUCCUUCUCUGAAAGGUUCUGCGUAAGGCCAGGUCAAAGGUCACUUUUAGUAGAUCCCAUUCACAUGGUUCAGUGUUUCUUUCGUGUCACACCAAGUGAUUGAUUACAGCUCUUUACUCUGAUAAUCUGAUGACUUAUUGUUAUUAGACUUAAUGCAGAGACCCUUUAAGUAAUGGCACAUUAGUGAUUUAAAGUGUUAGUAGUUUCUACAGAGCCUAUUCACUUGUUUGCCCCGAAAUAUAUUUAACUUGACAUAAUGAUUAUGUAAAUGAUUGCCGUAAAAAUGUUUGGCUGAAACAACUCAUGUUGAAAUAUAGUUUAAAGAGGAAAUCAUCUGUGCAUGUAGGGUCAUCAGGUCAAACAGGUUGGAAAUUACCUGUAUGACUCAUGUGUGCGUGUGUGUGUGUGUGUGUGUGUGUGUGUGUGUGUGUGUGUGUGUGUGUGUGUGUGUGUGUCUAGAUAUCCUCUGGGGAAUGUGGAUAGAGGACUUCCUUGUAGCAGCAGCAGGGUGGAGACUCCUGAGAAGGCUGGUUUUUCUCGCCCUCACUUCCCUGUUGGCUCAGAGAGGAGGACAGGUGUCACGGAGGCACAGCAAACUAUUAACCCAACUCUUACCAGACUGUCACUCAGGAUUAGAAGGUAAGAAUGACAGAAAUGUAUGAAAAUUGUGUGAUUAUCAUAUAGUGGGUGGUGUUUAAUAAACACUUUUAAACUUAUCAAGAUGAGCAGAGAAUCUUUGGAUGAAAACACAAGGAAGUAUUUCAUUUAAAUGUGUCACUAGUUAACAACACUGCAUUCAGGGUUUACUGUCUUCCUUUUCUUGUAUACUCUAUUUUUCUUAUUUGUCAAAUUAUGACAGGCUAACAGGUUAAGUUUGAUGGAAGAAUCAAGGCUCUUUUUCAAUUGUAACUUAUUUAACUUAUUUUUAAUAAAAAUUUUAAAGGACCAGGUACACUACUAAUAUUAUUGUUUGUCUACCAUUUUCUUCUCAUCUCUCUCUGUUUCUCUUCUCUUUCUUGGAAAGUUUUUUGUUUAUUUUCAUUCAUAUCGAGCUUUUUAAUUCAAACUAAUUUAACUCGUCUUUGUAUUCCUUUUUCUCUAAUUUCAGUUUUUGAGGUAAUUUAACAUAUUUUGUCAAUGGCAGCAAAAUAUGAAGGUUAACUUAAAUUUAUAAUCUAUUACUUUUUUGAAGUUUUCAAAUUAUAUAUACCAGAAUAUAGCACUAAAAUAAUAUUAUAAUAUAGACAUUCACUUUGCUGAAGUAUCUAACCUCAGUGUGUUUAAUCUUGUUAGGCAUGGCUACUGUUCUUAGCGUUUUUACCUCAUUUUUUACCACACUUUUCUUGCCUGUGUUUUGCAGGAUGCUGUACACAGAGUUACUGAAGCUGUGGAAUGAGUCGGUGCAGGCAGUGGAUAACAAGGACUGGGAGGGAGCUCUGUCUACACUCGAUCAGAUCAGUGAGCCCACAUCUCGCACUCUAUUCAAUGCUGCCUCGGCUCACCUCGCUCUGGGAGACCUGGACAUGGCCAUGAAGGUGUGCAAGAAGUGAAUGGGAGGUGGAGGAGGUGGUGGUCAAUCUUAGAAGCCAGUAUUAAAGACAUUUUAAACAUGUUCGCCUUGAAACUGGAAUGUCAAAUUAAGCGUCAAGUUGUCUGCUCUGACUGUUCCCUACUGCACAUCGUUCUGGAUACUGUCAACACUGAGUACCUUACACUGUAAAAAAAUAAGCAUAAUUUCAUACUUCUGUGUCUCUGUUAAUGACCAGCCUCACUGUCUAACUUUCAGGCGUUAGACCUCACCCUUGCAAAGGAUCAGCGUCUUGCUGUUGGUUUCUUCCAGAGGGCAGCUGUGAUGAUGCAGGUUGACAGGUAGGAGGCAGCACUCCAUCCUAAAUACUGACUCACUAUAUCACAAACCAAUAAUGAAGCUUAGGUACCGUAUGAAAGUGGAAAUUUCAAAAUGAAAAAAAAAAAAGUUUCUCAUUUUUAGUCUUGGGGAAAAAUGUGAUGCAGAGUUCUGAGGUUUAACAAUGUUUGUCACCAUAUUGGAAAUGCCUAUUCAAUCUAACUUUGGUCAAGCUAACAAGAGACAAAGAAGUGGAUGUUUAGCCUCUUUCACUAACAGCCACAGUGUGUUUGUGUGCCUGUUGGCCAACUAAGCCUCAUAUCACCUGUAAUGAUGGUCUUUUUUUCUAAUAGGCGUGUAUGUGGCUUUCAGGGGUUUUACAGCCAGCCUCAAGUGCACACUCGAGGAACUACUGUUUUUUAUCACUUCCAUCUUUAGUACAGCUAUUUUGGUUCCAGCUGCUAUUCUGUAGCAUCAUUCCACACUAACCAGCCUUUACUCCCUAUCCAAAUCAAUGAGACUGGGCCUCUCAUGACAUGGCUGACCAGUGGACCACUUUUUGUAGGUGGUGAUUCCUGCAGAUUGAGAACAGCCUAAAAGAGCUGCCGCCUUGUAGAUGCUCUGACUCUGUUGUCUAGCCAUCACUUUGGUCAAAGUCACACAAAGCCAUUUUUCCUUCUAGGACUCAAUGUUCACCUCUUUUUCUAGUUACCUGUUUGGUACCAGUGUUAUAGCUGACAGCUAACGGCUAAUUCUAGCACAUAUAAUUGAGUUGUGUUGUGUUUGAUAGGGAGGUUAACUCUUUUGUCCCUCAUGCCAUCAGACUGUACAACUCCUCUCUGGGAAGGAGGAGGGCUAAUAGGAGGACAGAGGAUGGGAAGGAGCAGCAGCAGUAGUAGUAGUUGAAAUAGUUGUUAUAACCAUAAUGUGCAAAUGUUGAUAACUUUAAAUAUUACUUUCUAUAAAAAUAUGUAUUUUAUCUUAGGUCCUAUUACAUCUUUAUUCUUUGAUGAUCAAAUAUUGUAUUUUUGAUCAUUCUUUUUCUCUUCUGUAAAUAUGCUGCUAGAAUUUUAAUUUUCUUGAGGGAACUCCCAAAAGAUAGAUGUUUUUUUUAAUCUAAUCUAAUCUAAUCUAAUUUAAUCUAAUUUAAUCUUUUUGCAAAAUUUCUCUCCACUGGACUUCAUGGAAACUCUGCAUCACUGUAAUAUAGUCAGGUAACUAUCUGGGAGGUUACUAGGCGUGACAAAGAAAAAGUCUGUCACAUAACAUCUUUGUAAGAGAUCACAAAGACCUGCGUUUGUACAGAGCUCAAGGUGCAGAUUUUUAACAUUCAUCUCUCUGUUUUCUUUGCAAAGGUUGGAGGAGGCUCUGUCAGACUGCAUCUGGGCACAGAAACACAUGAGAGGAAACAUAGUCAUCGACUACAAACAACUGGGCCUGAGAUUUAAACUCUACAGCUGGCAGGUCUGUUGUCGCCCUGCCAGGCACAGUCACACACACUGCUACACACCUGCUUUGAGACAGAGACAUGCUGGCCCUCAGCCUGCUUUUUCUGAUAGGAAGAAAUAGAAAAGGAAAUCUGAUACCCUGAGGACUGUCAGUGAUGUGGAAUGAAAACAGAGCAAACCGAGCUGUGUCAUCAUCGCCUCCAUUGUUUAGUUCAAAUGUCACACACACCUGGGAGCACACAGAGCCCUAUUGAUGGAGGCCAGGAAGAGCUUACACAACAGUACAUAUUUCUCAUGUAUGAGACACGCUGUAGCUUCACACACUUACAAUGCAUAUGCAGACAGCAAGAUAGAUUUACUUAAAACUUAACACAGCUAUGAUACUUUCACCAGGGUUUAAAAGCUAAUGUUGCCAUCAGAGUGAUAAUCAGAUAUGACAAUAAUCCAGCAGUUCCCUUAAGUAAACUUGAUGAUAACUACACUGGUUAUCAAGGGAAUCAAAUAAACUGUAAACAGGCAUGCAUGAAAACAAUUUUGAUGGGUUAGUAUGCAGAAUCAGUAAAUCAUCUCCGCUCUAGAAUAAUUUUGGCAUUUUGAAACGUGUUGUGAAAUAUAUUCUCAAGUGUACAAAAUAACUGAUACUUCCUGGAAAAACAGCACCAUCAUUAAUAUCAACCUUUUCCUGGAUGUAAAGAAUAUAGUGUGGUUAUGAAGUGUGUUACGAAGGAACACAUUUGAGACUUGGUAAAAUGGAAUUUGAUGUAAAGGAGAGUAAAAUUUACUUCUUUUAACAAAGGGAUUUUCCCCUCCACAGCUGCAGGAUAAUGCAACAUAAAGAUCAUAACAGAGAUCUGCGUGUGGCCAUUGGAAAUGGAUUUGGAGAUGCACAGUCUGUCUGCUGUGAUCAUUUGUAAUUCCACAAAUGCAUACUGUAAUAUCACAUGAAUUACUUUGGUCUUGCAGCUGUAAAACUGCAGUAUGAAGUUGUACUUUCACAAGAAAUUACUGUAGUAUCACUUAUCUUGCAGGUGCAAAACUACAGUAUAAAGUUGUAAUUUCACAAAGGACUCCUGUAACAUUACAGCUGUGAAGUUACAAGAAAGUUACUGUGAGGAUAUUAAGAAGUAAAUAAGAUUACUGUGAAAGUCAUGCAAAAUUUGGCCAGUUAUUUAUAGUGAUUUCGGGCACAAAAAUUUUACAGUACAACCAGAUUAUGUAAAGGACGUACAUAAUCCUGCCAUAAUCAGGAUGGCAUUGUCCAAAAAAUUGCAUUUUCCUUCACUGUCUGCAGCAAAAUCUCGACAGGAUAAAAUUUGAAUAGCAGCAGCUUUACACGUGUCAAUCAAAAUAUUAGCUGAAAAAAAGUGAACAAAAAGUUUUCUAACUGUUUCAGAGAAAUAGCUCCAUGCCUCAUCUCCUUGUCUCAAUGUAGACAACUUUUUGGCUGUGGGAGAAUUUAACUGUCAAGUAAAAUACUCAAAUUGACUGCAUGCACCCUUCCCCAGCCUAUCAUUUAUAAUUACUAUAACUGUAAACUGGCCUUGGUGGCCCUACAACCAGCCUGGCCCACUGAGAAAUGUCCGUGUUCUCUCGAUUAGACACCCCAGGCCCGGACUGGAGCUUAAUGUAUAAUUGUGUUGUGUCCCCUAGGUGUUAUAUAAUGCAGCAGCUGUGUACUGUCGGAUGGGACAGUGGGAGCAGGCGAGGGAGGUGCUACAGUCUGCGUCUCAGGAGAGAGGAGGAGGCCGAGGGGGGAACAUAGAGGUGGCUCUGGAUGGGAUCACGGUGAGUGACUUUCCUGAUUGCACGGACGAUGCUGUGAAGGUUUUAUUUGCGCUAUUCCCAGUUGAUGACCCUACAAUGAAAGGGAGAUAAUGAUGAAAAGGUAAAAAAAAGUUCAGCCCGUCCUCACCUCUUUGAAGAUGCAAUGAGAUGAAAACUAACCUGAAGGACGGUGGAUCAUCAGCCGCACUUCAUUUGGCCUUCUGCUGUGCAGUUUAUCAAACUACAGCAAGAACAGUGAACUCAUUUAAAGUGAGUUCACUGUUCUUCCUUUUAUGCUGCAGCAGGUCUGUCUGCUGCUGAUCAUGGGUUCAGAUGUGCACAGACAGCAGGCAGGUAAGUGUAUCUCCAGAUGAGUUGAGCUAACAGAUUAAGUUAACAAGUAAAUGGUAAAUGAGUGAGCAAGAAGAGAUAUGACAACUGUUUACACAAUAAAUUAAUGAUAAAACAUUAUCAAAUAGCAGAAUAGCAAGUAAUGAAUGUGUAUUAAGCUUUUUAGAUAAUUUUUGGUUUUGUCAAUCUGCACACAUAAGAAGCUAACAUGAUGACAUUUCUGUAAAUCAAUCGGGUCAGACCUAAACCUGAAACUGAAGUGCCUAUAACGGUAUUGAUUGUUCCUCUUAAAUGAUGUACUGUGCACUUUUUGGUGUUAUUACUAUUCUUGCUGGCUUGAUUCACAGAUUUCUAUGUCUAAAAAAGGUCAAUUGGAAAAAUUAAGUACAUUUUUUUGAUACAAGAUAUAUCCUCUGCGUACUUCCUCUUGCAGAGGGAAGAGGUCCCAGCUCCUCUCCAGGUACCUGAGGGUGUGGUGUUUCGACCCAGGAAACAGGAUGUGGAGCAGCUGCAGCAAAGAGACUUCCUGGGUAAAGCAAAGGUAAAGGGACCAAAUGGGUAAUGUUUAUAAUAAGUGCAUGGUGAAACACUUCUUUACCGCCAGAGUCAACCAAGACAAUGUCAUAUCCAGAACUGAACUCACAUAACCUGUUAGUGCUCUUUUUUUUCUUUUUAAUUUAAUGUAAGUCUUAAUUUUUGUUUAUGUAUGAUGUAGGGCUGUUAAAGUAUACUGUUUUGGAUAACAAAUGUCUUUUGAAACAUUAAAAAAAGAAAAUAAGCAUAAAAGAACAACACGAGGUCACACAUUCUAAAACUGAGGUUAGAUGAAGAAGAUGUAGCAGACUGCUAGUGAGUUAGCUGAAGCAAAUAAGCCAUCAAGCUUAUUUUUUAUUUUUCUUAUUUAAUGACAUAUGUGUUUCUUUUUUUUUUUUAGAUUAUUAUCAAAUAUUAAUAUUAAGUCAUUAACCAUUGAUUCAAAUCAACACAAAGCUUUCUUUUUUGCCAGAUAUACAAGACAAAAAACUUUUUCGGUUUGUAAUUUUUGCAGUGCGACUCCCUUCAGAAGUGAAAGUACCAUGGCAUAGGGUGUUAAUUACUUUUUUGAUUGAUCUGUCUGCUUGCUGAUGAAAAUUUUAAUGGUGUUUCUUCACAGUUCCAUUCAGAUUUUUCCAUCAACAAUAUAAUGCAACCUCUGACAAAAGAAACAAGCAGAAGGAGUCAGUAACAGCUGAUGUUUUUUUUGUUUUUAACCUGUAGGUGAUCUCCUCCAUGAUUCCCAAUGAUGAUUUUGGAGGCUUUGAACCUCUUAGGCUGCAGGUAAAAAACACAGUGUCAGCAUAAAUAAGACAUUACUUUGAUGUCUGUCAGCACUUUUUCUAAUUGUAAUUCAUCCCAUCAGAAACCUGGUUUUUAUGAGCCUAAGACAGAUGGGUCUCAGUGAGUAUCACUUUUUAUAUGAAUAUUUUUACCCUAUGUUGUUGUUUUAAAGCCAUACUUGAUGCCGUUCUCUCUUCCUUCAUGGUAGAGACACGCGGUACAUGCGUGUGAAGACUCCUUACAUGGCACGAGGCCCAGGACAGCUGACUGUGCCGGGAGGAGCCAUGGUGUUUAUAUUUGCAGAGGAGGACAGGGACGGGAUGGUGACUGUCAUUUAUGAUGGCCAGGUGAGAAGGGAGGGAGAGAGAAGCUGCGUCUAUAAUGUGAUUGGACAAAAGAAAUCAAAUGCAAUGUGAGUUUUUCUAUUUAAAAAAAUAAUAAGUCUGAUUUUCUGUCCUUUGUUUUUCAGAGAGGGCUCCUGCCGGUGAACCUGCUCGAACCUGCAGAUAUCAAGUCAUCCAAAGGCAAAAAGGACGAUGUAAUGUACUUUUUUAUUCAUGAUCCCUUUUUUUUUUUUUUAUAAAAUACAUUUUUGUUUCUUCUUGAGAAAAACACACACUGAGCUUUAGUUUGGAUUUGUGCAUUAGGGAUUGCUCAAAAAUUCUCUUAUGCUGAGAGUUGCUCUAUCUCUUCUUUACCCUCAAGGACCCACAGGAGAUCCUGCUGUGUCAGGGAAAAAAAAGAUAAAAAAUGCUUUAAAAAAGAUCACUGCUCCCCUCUGCUGUAUGGGUUUCCUACUGGGAGGAAAAUGCUUUAAUUAUUCACCAUUAAAAAAAAAAAUUUUGUUUUAUUGACCUUCCUGUUCGGGUGUUCAUUACAGAGUAUCCCCAGUGGGAUCCCCCUCCCUCCAGGACUCAAACCACCCACUCGCCCAAAGGCCCAGCCCAGCUCCACAGCUCCUCCUCGGGGUAAAAAAUCCAUCACACUCCUCUAUGUCCUUUCCCUCUACUUUCUCCAAAGUCUUAUUACUUUAAAAAAGAGAGGAAGACCUCUCCACCUUCCUCCCUCUGAUCUACUUUAGUGAACACCUCUUCAUCAGAGCAAAUCAUUUCAGGGUCAGCACCAUAUUUCUGAUGUGUACUGUCUGUCUGGCACUGAGGCUUCCUCUUAACUGUGGGCUGUGUUUGACAGGGCUAUUAUUUUUGUAGCUUAGUGAAAAAAUUAUUAGAAAAAAAAAAUUCUUGGUGCGUUAUGCCUCAAGAUGGGAACAGAUCGAUUCUGUAUCGAUUCCUUUAUUGAUUUGUGUUGAAAAGAAAGUCAGCUUAUACAGGUUUUCUGAGUUACCAACACAAACUUUAUUAUAAGUCUCUGCACGCACUGAGCAAAAUUACACUUUUUUUGUGCAUUAAAAAUUCUUGUGCAGAAAAAUAAGCGUAUCUGCAAACGUAACCACCUUCACCUCUCUGAACUCUGUCAGCAUAAAGCAUCAAACACAUGGUACUAUUGGUGUUUAACACUACUGUUGUGCAAGUUCACACUAAAAUUGUGUUUGUUCAAAGUUCAGCUCAUGGCCGACUGUUUAAAAUGAACUAGUUCACAUUUAGAAUUUGCUUUUUUACAAUUCUGGACUAAUGCUGCGUUUGAGUUACCUCGGAAGUCAGAUGUCUGAUGAAGUCAGAGCUAGAAAUUAUGUCACACCCGAGUUACCAGAGUUUCAGUUACCAACUUGGAAAAAAAAGCAAAAUCGGAGGCAGAAACCAGCUGGUCAAAUCAACAAGAGUUAUUUUAACGCUUCCAUUGUCUGAAUAUAACAAGGGCAAGGCAAGCGCAAAAAUAACUUUCGUAGAUGUAGCCAUCUUGUUUACGCCUCCGAUUUUGCUUUUUACCGUGCUUUUUUUCCGCACUUGCCUUGUCCAAAUUUAACAAGGACAAGGCAAGCGCUGAAAUAACUUAGAUGUUGCCAUCUUAUUUCCGCCUCCGAUUUUCCUUUUUUUGACUUGGUAACUGAAACUCUGGUAACUCAUGUGUGACAUCAUUCCCAGCUCUGACAUCUGACUUCAAAUGCAGCAUAAGUUCAUGAUCAAAAAAAUUAGCUAGUUCAUGCUCAUUUUGUUUCAGCUCCAUCCAAAUCAUCAAUCAGCAGUGUUUUAUAGAUUUCAAUUCCUAAUCCCCAAUACCGAUGUUUCUAAACUAAGUUAAUAUUUUACUCGGUGAAGUACAGAGCCAUCAUUAACAGUGCAUUUAGCUUUGCCCAGACAGAUAACAAAACAUGCUCAUUUAGGAGUAAUCUAGUUGGAUGCUUCUGGAAUUGCACUUCUCAGCGGCCAGUUGUAAUGAAUCACAUGAAUCUCUGCUUCCUCCUCUGAUUAUGACUCAGAUAACUCCAACAUGUAAAGCUGCACUUCAUCGCUCUUCUUGUGUGCAGGGGUCAAAGUAACCUUCGCCCACACAUUCUCAGAAAUCUAAAGUCAGACAAUCUAAGCCCACUCAAAGUGAUAUUUUAAACAUGUGGACAGUUUGUGCUUUGAGGUUUGUUUGCAGUAGCUGGUUAGUUAAAACAGGAGAGAUGAUUCCAGUAAACAUGCACAUAUAAAAAGUGAACCCAUCCCCUCUGCACUGCUGUUAUGGCUGUUUGGGGUAAAAUAAAUCUGCAGCUUCACACUCGGAGAACACUCACUUGUCUGACUCUUCAUUUGCACUGUAUGUGUAUGUGUGUACUCAGGCUGUAUCUGUACUGUGUUUUCCCCAGCAGUACACUUUACUUCCACAGAUACUCCACCUCCAUCCUACACUUCAGUCGCCCACGCACCGCCGUCAGCCUCCGUGCCUCCCAGGUACACAGCCAAUGCAGCCAGUGACCAGGUAAAAUCCUCUUUAGAGCAGUCUUAUUCACCUGUGCAGGCUGAAAUCACAUCAAAGUUACAAACACACAUGUACACUUGCUCCUCUCACCUGAUCUAAAAAUAGAAGGAUUGUGUGGACGUGUGAAGAAACUGCUUUGUAAGGUUGAACACAUCCAGGGAAUACGGAUGUGUCCCGAUUAAGUCACAGUGAUGCUCAGACGAGGUAGAUAGUCUGCCUCUGGAUAUCGAUGUGCUUUUGUGCUUUUUCACGCCAUAUCUAACACAGUGUGACUCAGUUAUUUCCAGUCAAUUAAACCCAGCAUACUGGCUUAUUUUAUAAUUUAAUACCAUAUCACCAUAAAAUCUGACCGCACAAUACCUCUGCUGAACAGAAAGUCAGUUUUCACUAUUUAUUCCUCUGUGUUAAGAGUGUUACAAUGGUGUAGUAGUGUAGUAUUGAUUUUUCUCCUAUACCUUAAAACUGUGAUGGAAUUUUUCUUCUCUAUAAACAAGGCAAGGAAAAGAAAUACAGAGCAUAAAUUUUUCUCCCUUACCACUGUGCCCUGGAGUUUUCAAGAGUGUGCUUUUCUAUGAUUUCUGACAGGAAUGAAACAUUUUGGGUACUGCUGGCCCAAAAGGCUGUGUGUCCCAUAUGUUGAGGUUUGCCUCAAGCAGUUGGUCCAAGUCCACCACCAGCCUGUGGCUUCUUUUCUGCAUGUUUCCUAUCCUACUCUCUUUCCCUGUUUCCUGCUCCGUCUACUGUCAUGUCCUCACUUGGAAAAGGUGAAAAAGUUAAAAAAUAAAUAAAUCCAAAAGAAAUUAAAAUGGGCAACAAAUUAUCAUCAAGAAUGAUGACCUUUUCCUGUGCCUGCUGCUCUUCCCAAAUUAGAGCAUCAAAACAUAUUUAAACCCUUUCAAUGAAGGUGAGGUAGCCUUUUGUGUCUCAGUCUGAGGACAUGAUAGAAUUAAAUUACCAAUUAUGUGUUAUUUUCAGUUGCUCAUUUUCCAAAAAGUUUAUCUUAUAAAUGUGCAUUUUAUGGCCCAUGUUGCAGUCAGUCAGCAGGGGGAGCUCUCAAUGAUUUGGUUUCACAGUGACGAUAUACUUUAGGGAUUCAUUUUGAUAAUAUGAUUGUGACUAAAUGUAAAAAAAAAAAAAGGUGGUAAAAAAGCGACGCCACAUGAUACAAGUGCAGAAAAGCAUGAAGAAAAGAAAGGAUUAGUUUUGAAAAUUUAUAUCCUAAAAAACUAUAUUGUAAACAAAACAACUAAACUAAAUAUUUUUCAAACCUAAAAAGUUAACAUCACCUUUUUUCCCCUUCUUGCAGCUUUUCCACAGGCGAAAAUAUGUACAACAGAACUACUUUUGACCUUGUCUUAGUUUUUAAGACUCCUGUUUUGUUGAGUCACGAAGCACCAUAUAGGUUAGAAAAGCUGAGGUGAUACUAGGAGCCCAUGACUGAUGAGGGCUCCUGAAAAUAUUACAACAUUUAUAAUACUGACGUGAUAAGACUCAAUGUGAUAUUUUUUGUGAAAGGGUAAAAGUUCCUUGGUGGCUUCCCAGAAAAUAAUUCUGUUUUUAACCAACUCUGCAUAUACAAAAGAAAGAGAUUGUUGUGCAAAGUGAUAAAGUUCACAAAACUCAUACCAGUGCAGACACAUUUAAUCUUAUAUAUUCAUUUCAUAUUCAUCUCAAGUAACUGACUGUACUAGAUCAAUAGUCAUGAAUAAAAGCUGUUUUUCCUUUCUCUAUAACCCUUCCCUUUGUUUCCAGGGUGCAGAUGCUGCACAGCGAGCAGAUGCGGGAUCUGUGGUGGUGAAAGUCCACUACACAUAUACAGUGGCUCUGUCUGUCCCUCUGGACACACCAUACAGCGAGUUAAAGGAGAGGAUUGCACAGAAAUUGGGCCAGUCUGCAUCCCAGCUGCGCCUCAGGUAACUGCAAGCCUGCAACCCACUUCUGUCGUCUAGAAUUCCGACAAGUGAUGGUGCAUUUCUAAAAAUAUGCAUUUCUUUAUCCACUCCACCCUGUGGGCCCAAUAUCUGAUGUGAGAAAGGCUGCAGCUUCACACGUCAUGAACACAGCAGUAAACAGCAACAGGACUCACAAUCUUUACAAGGCAUCUGAGGAUUAAUAACAACGGGACCAUUUCAAUUUUUUUGAAGUCUGGACAAAAAUAGGAUCAGAUAAUGAUAAACAACAUGCACCAGAUCCCUAUUUGGCUACAUGUUAUCCUCUAUGUUCUCUUUGUUCUUUGCUAAUCAAUGCCGGCCCCCACAAUGCCCCCAAUAUCCUGUCCAAUCCUCUACAUUUACUCCUGCUCACCCCUCCCUCUCUCUCUCUCUCUGUUCCUCAUCAGACAUAAGCUGCACGGCUCCCGGGCGCUUAUACCUUUAGGAGGGGAGUCAGAGCCAGGCCGGACUGUGCAUGAGGUAGCUGAGGCUGGCAGGGCCACCCUGUGGUGUCAGGUGAGGUCAACACUACACAUCACCAGAGCAUGAAAUCACACAUUAGUUUUUGGGAUGUGUUUGGGAGGGUUGGGAGAGAGGGUGCAGCUGCUGGACUAUUUUUAAAUUGACAGGUACGGUGGCUGACGGGGUAAACACACUGAGAAGACGCUUACAUUAAUGAAAUUAAUUAGCCACUUGCUGUUAAAAGAUAUGUAGGUUUACAAAAUACUCUGGCUCUGAUUUGAUAUUCAUUCAAAUAUAUGAAAAAAAAAAUUAAAUUGCUGUUUAACAUAUUAUAAAAUUUAAUUUAGAAAUAUAAUAUGGUAUGCAAUUGGUAUCUUAAAAAAUCAAAGUCCAGGGUGUAUUCCACCUCUCGCCAAUGACAGCUGGGAUCGGCUACAGCCCCCAACCCAGACCUAUUUUUAGUCCCUUUACAUAAAUGUUCUAAUCCAAACUGAACACAUUUGAUUAUUGGAUACAAUAUAUUUCUGUGUUAAAAAAGUCUAUCCCCUCUCUGUUGCUGUUUGCCCUACAUUUGAACAAGCAUAAUAACAUACAAAUGUCCACACUGAAGAUUGUUUUAAUUUAAACUGUCCCUUAAAAUGUACUUAAAAUUUCCAUCAGGAUAUGUUUUGUCAUGUUUUUUCAGUUUUUUUAAUUUGUGGUUAGUUAAAAAUUUGUAGUUCUGAUUGAUGGUCUAUGCUUAAUUCUGACAUGUUGGGUAGCUUUCUUGUGGAGAAUCAAAGUAGCUACAAAAACAAUCACGCAGUCUUUGCGAAGAAGGUAAUAUAGCUGAAUGUCUCGCCAGUGUUUUUGUGCAAUUCCUCUUUCAUGUCUAGAGUUAAUGACCGUACUGAUCAAGUAAUUGAAUCUUAUUCCCUCUGUGUUUUGAUGCUUUAGAAAGAAGACCCCCUGGCCAAUCGUCCUAUCCUGUGCCAGAUGGUGGCACUGUAUGACUACUCUGCUCAGGGCCCAGAGGACCUGGAGUUCAGCGAGGGAGACACUAUUGACAUCCUGGGUGAAGGUGCGGUCUGCGAGAUAACCUUGAAGGGAUUAUAAAGAGAGUUUCAGUCUAUUUAUUCUCACUCGGUUUAGUUUUAAGCACCACUGACUCUAUGGCUCUCUUCUUCUGUCUCUGGUAGUUAAUGAGGAGUGGCUGGAAGGACACUGUGCAGGAAACAUCGGCAUCUUCCCGAGCUGCUUCGCCUACAGGGAGAACAUCAGCGAGACCCUGGAGAGCUUUUUAUAAUCUCAGACGCAUUACUGAUAAUAAAACCUGUUAACCUGGGAAAGUGCAAGUUUACAACUGUCCCUUUACAACACAUACAGCAAGCUCACAGUUUACUCAUUUCCUUUAAUGUAUUUCAGUCUCAUAUGCGUCAUGGAUGCUGCUAUAGUGACUCAGAGUUUAUCUUUGGUACUUAAAAGUAUGUUUGUGUUGAACCUGCUGUACUUUGUUUCCGGUUUUCUAGAUGCUGUAACGUUCCUUUUUUACCCUUCAAUACUUAAACACAGGUUUAUUUUAACGUCAUUCAUCUUAAUAUUUUAUUCUAUGAGAUGAAACUAUUUUCUUCCUGAAAUUAUUUAUAAGUUUUUAACUUUGAAGUUAACUUUGUUGUGAUGUAUUGCCACAAAGAACAAUAUCCUGAAAUAUCCGAAAACUGAAGCUGCCUACAAAUGCCUAGUUUCCUAAAAAUUGAAUAAAAGAAUACAAGUUAAGUAAUUAGGUAGUUAAAGUGGUAGAUAAGUAUUUCCCUUAUUACAUCUGUUAACAAUAAUUAAGUUGCAUACUGUGUACACAACAGUCGUUUGUAAAGGUGAUGCAUUUUUUUACUAUUUUGGUAUUUUGGUGGAAAAUGUUCCAUUCACAACAAGUUUAUGAUUCAAAUAAAUGAUAAAAUUGGCAAAACUAUAUGACAAAUUGUCACAUUUCAUUACAUUGCGUUACGAAUCU